GACGACAACAAUAGGGACUGACAGUGCACGCAACAUGGUUGCCGCAAUUCGACUAACACGCUAUGAACACAUGAACUGUGUCGCUCACAUGGUGCAGAGAAGUGUCACGGUGAGUCUUGCUGAGAGCGGCUUUGUAAAUGCUUUGGCCAAGGUUCGCAAAGUUGUCGGUCAUUUUAAGCACAGCCCAGCAAAUGCUGCGGAGCUUCAAGCACAACAAGUCAGCCUGGGAAAGAAGCAAGAGUCAUUGAUCCAGGAUGUUCCAACACGUUGGAAUUCGACGCUGGAAAUGGUCAAGCGCGUGAGCAGAAAUAAAGAGGCUGUCAUCGCAGCCCUGGACAAUCAGGAUCACAAACUCGUUUUGCCGACCGCAGCAGAGUGGGAUAAACUGCAGAGGCUGGAGACACUUCUAGAGCCAUGCAGGUAUGUAACUGAGCUCCUGGGUGGAGAGGCCUAUGUCUCCUGUUCUGUGGUACUACCUUCUCUCUGCCACUUGCGUCUCAAGAUGGAAGCCUGUGAUGAGGACCCUGCAUAUGUGGUGAGAUUCAAGACCAAGUUCAAGGAGGACCUAGCAUCCCGUCAAGAACAGCUCAACAAUGCAUGGCUCCAGAUUGCUACAGUUUUGGAUCCUCGUUUCAAAGACUUGAAAUGCCUGCCCAAGACAGACAGGGAAGCGGUGUGGACCACACUUGAACGGAUGCUGCAACAAGAAUCACCCAGAAAGUCUUCAAAGACACAUGAUGAUGGGCCACCCAGGAAGAAAAUCAGCCUUCUGCAAAUGGGCUCAGAUUCAGAAUCAGAAGAUGAAGAGGUCCAACCUGCCAUACAGAGGUACAGAGCAGAGCCCACCAUUAAAUUGGAGGACUGCCCCUUGAGGUGGUGGGCAUCUCAUUCAGGAGCCCAUGAGAAGCUGGCCUCACUAGCUCACAAAUAUCUAGCCACUCCUGCAACCACUGUUCCCUGUGAACGACUUUUCUCAGUUGCAGGUCACAUUGUGAACAAGAAAAGAUCAGCUUUACUUUCAGAAAAUGUGAACAAAUUAGUUUGCCUCAGCAACUGGCUGAAAGAUGAUGAAGCUCAGUAGAUUUGAAAGGUGAUGUUCAAACAAAAAGACCAGUUUCAGUGCAACAUGUUAUAGUAGUUUUAUUGAAAAUGGU